GCCUCUUAUGGCAUCGUUCAGCGACUUGCAUCCGCUGGGCAUGGAUACAAUCAGACAGGGCAUGGAUGCAAUCAGACAGGGCAUGGAUGCAAUCAGACAGGGCAUGGAUGCAAUCAGACAGGGCAUGGAUGCAAUCAGACAGGGCAUGGAUGCAAUCAGACAGGGCAUGGAUACAAUCAUACAGGGCAUGGAUGCAAUCAGACAGGGCAUGGAUGCAAUCAGACAGGGCAUGGAUUCAGUCAGACAGGGCAUGGAUGCAAUCAGACAGGGCAUGGAUGCAAUCAGACAGGGCAUGGAUGCAAUCAGACAGGGCAUGGAUGCAAUCAGACAGGGCAUGGAUGCAAUCAGACAGGGCAUGGAUGCAAUCAGACAGGGCAUGGAUGCAAUCAGACAGGGCAUGGAUGCAGUCAGACAGGGCAUGGAUGCAAUCAGACAGGGCAUGGAAGCAAUCAGACAGGGCAUGGAUGCAGUCAGACAGGGCAUGGAAGCAAUCAGACAGGGCAUGGAUGCAAUCAGACAGAGCAUGGAUGCAAUCAGACAGGGCAUGACAUGUCCCUUGUGCAAAAUGUAGCAAACGCCCGAGUACGUAUUGUUCGCAUGUUAUCAUGGCGCCAAAACAAGGUCCUGACACUUCAUCACCGCUAG